AGCUCUCAGACGGAGGUCGAGGACUGUGCUGCUCUUGAGAAGUUCACGACUCUCUGAUUUGACUCUGACCGACAGGCAGCAGAACCCCGCGACUCCUCACACAAUGUGGACUUAUUCUGUCCCGGUUCGGACCGAGCGGAGUUAAAGCGUCAGAACAUUUGGAGUUUUUAUUUUAUUUUAUUUUUGUUCAAGGUUUUACAGGAGGAGAAACAUUCUGGGUGUGUCUGGAGAAAAAAAAAAAGAAAAAAGAAAGAAAAGAAAUCUCUAACUUUUUCUGCGAGCUCGAUCAGUUUGUUUUCUUGCUCCGGUUGAAGUGAAAGGAAACGGGCAGUUGGCUGAAACGUCACCGCCGCCAUGACGGGCAAUGGUGGAGUGUACGCGGUGAAGAGGAGGAAGAGGCCCGUCCAGAAAAUCUUGAAGCCUCCACCUGUGAAGACCAAUCCGUCCAAACGCCACCGGGACCGCCUGAACGUGGAACUGGACCGUCUGACCGGCCUGCUACCGUUCUCCGAGGAGGUCCGAGGUCGUCUGGACAAACUGUCCGUCCUCCGGCUCAGCGUGGGAUACCUCAAGGUCAAGAGUCACUUCCACGUGGCGCUCCAGAACAGGUCGGUUCAGCCCGGCUCCACCAACGGCAGAAAUGGACAGUCGGCCUCGCUGGAUGGAGUCAGUUUCUCAGAGGGAGAACUCCUUCUCCAGGCUUUAAAUGGAUUCGUGUUGGUCGUGAGGACUGAUGGGACGGUCUUCUACACAUCACCGACCAUCCACGACUUUCUGGGCUUCCAUCAGUCUGACGUGGUCCACCAGAGUGUGUUUGAGCUGGUUCACACUGACGACAGAGAGAUGUUCAGGUGUCAGCUGCACUUCGCUCUCAACCACGGAGAGAACGACCGCCGAGCAGAGAGCGGACAGUCCUGCAGUAACACUUCCAGCAGCUCUGUGAGCUUGUUGCCGCAGUACAUCCCUCCAGAGAACUCCUCCUUCCUGGAAAGAAGCUUCUGCUGUCGCCUUCGCUGCCUCCUGGACAACACAUCCGGAUUCCUGGCUCUAAACUUCAACGGCCGUCUGAAGUACCUCCACCUGCAGGGAAACGCCGGGGCUGAUGGGACGGCGGCUGCUCCUCAGCUGGCUCUGUUUGCCAUCGCCACACCUGUGCAGCCUCCGUCAGUCAUGGAGAUCCGGACGAAGACGCUCAUCUUCCAGACCAAACACAGGAUGGACUUCGCUCCUUUGGGCAUCGACACCAGAGGGAAGCUGGUUUUAGGAUACACAGAGAUCGAGUUGGUCACAACAGGCUCUGGGUAUCAGUUCAUCCACGCCGCUGACAUGAUGUACUGCGCCGACAACCACCUCAAGAUGAUAAAGACCGGAGACAGCGGCUUCACGUUCUUCAGGCUGCUCACAAAAACCGGACACUGGUUGUGGGUUCAGGCGAGCGCCAGGCUCGUCUAUAAAGAAGGGAGACCGGACUUCAUCAUCGCUCGUCAGAAAGCCCUCACAAACGAAGAAGGAGAGGAACACUUGCACCAGAGGAGACGGCAGCUGCCCUUCAACCUCGCCACCGGUGAAGGUGUUCUGUACGAGACCUGGAUGGAUGCCUUCUCCAUGCCUGGUCCUCCAGGCUCUGCUGCACCGGGCACCACGGAGCCCUCGACAGAGAAAGUUCUGGACCCCGCCUCCCUUCUGGGUUCCCUCUGCAGGCAGGACCACUCCAUUUACACCCAGCCGCAGACACCCAGUCCUCAGCUCCAGAUCCUCAACCAGAUAGAGGACAUGGAUCUGGAACAGCCCCAGUCGUCCUUGGAGCAGGCCUUCCUGGACAGCCACGCUCUGCUCAGCGUGCCGGGCCAGACCCAGACCUCACAGAACAGGUCCUUCACAGAGGACCAGGUCCUGAUCGACUCGCUGGAGCAGAUUUUGGGAGAUAUCGGCGAUGGAGGGAUAGAGGGUCUUGAAGUUGAGGAGAGCGAGCUGAGGAACUGGGAGAACACCCUCGUUAGGAUGAAUAACGAGAGGGAAGACGCGUCGAAGGAUGUAAACCACAUCCUGGCCGAUGACGUGUUCGCGUACGUGGAGGAGGCUCUGAGGAGGGAGGCUGGUGAGUGUGUGCAGACGUCAGAUCAAACUCACGUGUCCCGGAACAGUUUAUCCAUUCAAGCACAGCGUCCUGCGACUGUGUUUCCAAAUAACAAGCAGCCGAUGACGGACGCGAGGUCUGGAUUCAGAGGCCAGAUGCAGCUGGGAGAUGCUCUCAGCGGUGUUGGACAAAACAGUGGUCCACACACACAUUCAUCCACACAGUGUCACAACACACACCAGGGACACACCUCGCGACUGUGGACGCCAAACAGCAGCAAUCCUGACGCCAGGCAACAGUCCUGGCAUCCGUCUGUCCAAAACACCAACAACUUCCACAGCAGCUGUCAGUCUGUCCAGGACGUGACGGACCAGAGAGUUCGAUAUACUCCAAACCAAACUGUCUCACAGCAACACAACUCCUCACUGUGGCAACAACAGCAGCUGCCAGCGAGUUUUCACCACCACACACUGACACAUUCCUCACACACACCAGGCAGCGUGGACUCUUUCCACCCGCAAACACAGCGAUUAUCUGGCAGCUGCAUGUAUGAAAAAAGAGAAGGUCACAUACCGAACGCUGCCACUGUUCCUGUGAGACCCAACGGGCCCACACACGUCGCAAACGCUCCCUUCACAACGUCCUGUCCGAACGUGGCGGUCGUCCACCAGCGGGCGCUGCAGCCGUCCGGUCACGGCGCUCACGUGGCUGACGGCUCGGUUUGUCUGAGAGGAGACAACGAUCAGUCAGGAUAUCCUCCUGAAAAUGGAUCAUUACAGUCGUCCUUCUUCUGCUGGAACGGAGACGCUCAGAUCCCCAAAGUUCCCCUGAACGGCGUCGCCGACCCGAUUGUCUUCCCCGCCCACCUCUCCCAGAACGCCGGCCCGGAGAGACUCUGACAUGCCUGAUGAAAAACGUUUCAUCCUCUGAGAUUAUUCCUCCAGAGAAACGAAGAAAUGACGACCAGUUUCCCUUCACGGAUAUUUUUAUAGAUGUUGUGUUCUCUCAUUUCAAAUGUCAAAGUCGUCGCUGCUUCACCGGAUUUUACUGAUGACUUCAGUAUCUCUUUGAAUAUUCAUCAAACAACUUCAUUGAGCCAUUUUGCGUCUUUUUCUUCACAUAUUUUGCUCUGCGAGGAACCAACAAUGGAAUCUGGACUCAAACAGGAUUUAUUGCAGAGGAAAUCUCAGCUGCAGCUUUUAAAGAACGAGGAAAAAAAGGACAGACUAUUUGAAAUCAGCUCAUCUCUUCUCAUCACAACGUGAAUCUGCCUUUGUGAAUAUGUAGUUUAUGUCGGUGUGCAUCUCUGAGAGGACACGUGAUGUUUCACAUCGAGUAAAUCAACUGAAAGUUGUACUUAAGAACAGAACAUGAGUAAAUUGUAAUUUUGACAUUAAUGUUUUCAUUUUUACUGCAAAUGAAUAUCAGUUUUCCGUCUCCUUGGUUUAUAAUAACCCGUUUCGCCCCUGACAAAAGCCAUAUUGGUCGACCCUGAAUAGAAAUGUUUAUAAAUGUCGCUGCUUAUUCUCAAUGAGCUCAACCUAAAAAGUUUAUUUCUUGUUUCUGUCUGAAAGAACACAGUUUGUUUUCUCCAGCGUCUCCUCCUGUUCAUGCUAAACGUGCUUCCAGUCUAAGUGAAGUGGACAGAAACCACCGUCUUCAUUCUGUGCUGAUGUUUGCUCAGGAGGUUAAACUACAUUGAGGAUAUUUUUUAACGAGACGUUGUGACGAUUUGUGUUUCAACCAAAAACAUAUUUUCUGAACCGUCCAAGUGUGGAAACAUAAUUAAGCCACUAGGUGUCGCCACUACAGAGAAAAAUCUAAAUUUAAAGGUGCAAAAGGUCCUAUUGAACAAAAAUGAUCAACAGAAUAUGAAUAAAUAAGAGUUAAGAGAUCUUUGUCUCUUUUUCAGCAGGUAAAUAAUCAAAAUACGAGUGAAGGGAGGUGAAGUCGGUCUGUAGCACAGAAAAAAAAAAAAUGAUUACACUAAAUUACUUAGUUAGUUAGAUGGAAUCCAGAUGAACUUGUUCCUGUGGUCACCUGUCGCUGUAUCGUCCAGUAAGAUGAUGCGUCACAGGUCGAGGCAGGAAGUCGGCAGACGAGACGAAACAUCGUAAACACUCCGUCGUCUGUGAGUCACGUCAGAUUUUCGUUGUUAAUGUUUGUUUAACGAUGACAACAGUAACUCUUCACACUGUGUCACCACGCUAUGUGUUUUGACUUGCAUACUGUGCAUUUAAUCAGUUGUUUUGGCAGGACUGUGGAUUUUGUCCCCCUUCACUUACAUUACAAGUGAUUUCUUAGCAGCCGGCACAAACAGGAGGAGGAAAAUCUUAAAGACUGAACAUUUCCUUUUUUAAACAGGUUGGUUUUGUUUGUGCCUUCAAGGAAGUCACUGGGAUUUUAUUCAGCUGUGAAACUAAAGAUGAAAAUGUAGAAACAUCUAGAAUUUUAAUUUCUCUCAUGACACAACGCAGUAUUAAAACACUUUUAAAUUAUAUUUAACUUCAGUACUUUCCCAUCUUCAAAACACUGAAAUCCCAGCUGGGGAAAAUAAAAAAAGAUUCAGUAAAACUGAACUCGUCACCCUCACAUGUGACAUUUAUUAGACAGCAGCAUUAUUAACUGAAUGUUUUAACAGCGGUGUUAUAUUUACAUUCAAGACCAAAACCAUUUCGUGCACCAGGCUGUCAACACGUUCACUUCUUCUGUACAGUUGGAUGUUUUUAAACAGUGUAUUCUUGGUUCUGUUUUGCUUCUGGAGCCUCGACUCCACUGCAGGACAUGAUUUAAUUAUGAAUUAGCAGAUAAAUCUUCAGGCUCCAGACUGAUGAUGUGCUGGAUGCUGCAGCUAGUAAUCAAGUCGUGAUUUCUGAUAUCACAUGACGGGUGAGAGACUGAGGGAGUGUGAUUCAUCUCAGUCUAAACAAACUGUGUUCGUGUGUCCAUCUCCACUUCAUCGAAGAAGAACUUUGUUAUGAUAUUCAUGAAUGAGCACUUUCUGCCUGUGAGAGAUGUAACUGCCAUAUUAUAGUGCUUCUGUUAUUAUAGCUAACAUUAGACCCUGUAGCUGCUCUGUAUUCCUUACGUAGAAGACAUAACCAUGGAGGAGUCUAAUUUAUUUUGCCAUUAAAGAACUGUAACCCCUCA